UUAACCAGCAGUUAACGCCCCCUUCUUGUUGUUGUUUUGUUUCACAGCCUCUGGUUUUGCACCUUUUUGCUGGGCAUGGCGGCGAACGAAGAAAGGAGUAGCUCACCUUUGAGCGAAGAGGAAUUAAACAGAUACGAUCAAAUGCCCAACGCAGAUGGAGGCUACACAGUUUCGUACAACUGGAUAGACAUCACUGCAGAGUUUACAAAGAACGUUAAAGAGAUGGAGUUGGGUGAGCUGCUGCAUGAUGAAAUGUUCGGCUUGCUGGAGGCCAUGUCCGCGAUCGAGAUGAUGGACCCGAAAAUGGACGCGGGCAUGGUGUGCAAUAGAGGAAGCAAGAAGGCACUGACCUUCGACCAGGCUGUGGAGGCAGGCGCGCUUAAGCUGAAGGAGCUAACCGCGUCAGAGCAGAUCGGAAUUAUCGACUCAACGCUGGCGUGUUUAGUCUCAUGGCUUGAGGGCCACUCGCUCGCACAGACUGUAUUCACCAACCUGUACCUGCACAAGCCAUACCAAAUCGAGGACCGGCCAAUGAAGGCCUUCAGCAUUGCCGUGUUAAAGAUCGUCGAUCUCAUUCGUGACUUCAUCACUAAAGCGCUGGUUUUUGAAGAGGAGGACUUCCAGCUCAUCACCUAUGGCUUCCGGCUUGUGCCUGACAUCACGGAAACCCGGGCUCUAGGCAUGCUCAGGGAGGUUGAGGAUGAGCUCAGCAAGAAGAUGAAAGCCUCCAAGUCAAAGAUCAUGGAACAAAGUCCCAGAGACGAGCAGCUCAUCGCUCAGCAUGAAGACACGCUGGCCCUGUACUCGAGGAUAAAAUUCACAAGGACAUUCUACCUGGCACUCUCGGCCCUGGGAAAGCGCGACCAAACGCUUGAACAGGGUCGGUAUCUUGGCGGCUGCUCAGAGCUGCUCGUCAUUCUGCAGAAGACCGUGGACAGAGGCAUCAAACCUGCGCCGCCCUGCACAACUUCCGGCUCCAACAGAGACAUCCCGACGAUAAUGGGCUUUGAUCCUCUGGUAAACCAGCGUUUGCUGCCGCCUACCUUCCCGCGCUACACCAAAAUCAAGUGCCGCGAGGAAGCGUUGGAGUACUUUGAUGCGCUCGUGCAGCGACUCAAGACAGUUACUAAGAUAAGCAGCUACAGUUCCUUCCACGCAGCACUGGACUUUUUCAUCGAGUUCAGUCGCAGCAGCCCAUGCAUCCUGUCGCGCUCGAUUCUGCAGCUGCUGUACCUGCCGCACUAUAACCGGGUGCUUGGCGCGCACAACUUCACCGACAUACUCAGGGAGGCGGCCAAGACAUUCAUUUGCCCACCGGCCCUGAUGCCCAAGUCAACGCUACUCAACAACCCACAGGCUAAGGAGUAUGUGGACACGUUCUUUGGGCACUGCGUACGGCCGCUUGGCACUUUGAUCCAGAUAUGCGGUAAUAACAGAGCCAGGCAGCGGGACAAACUCGCACAUCUGCUGGAGGACUUUGCAUCUCUCCAAGAUGAGGCAGAGCGAGUGGAUGCGUUUUUGCACAACCUGUCAUUAAAGUCAGACAACCCGCGGCCGCACCUCGCCUGCCUUGGCACUUGGAUCCUGUACCACGCCCUGCGAGUCAUGAUCAUGUACUUGCUAUCUGGCUUCGAGCUUGAGCUCUACAGCGUCCAUGAGUACCACUACAUUUAUUGGUAUUUGUAUGAGUUUCUGUAUGGCUGGCUGGUAUCGUCGCUGUCCAGGGCGGACAGCUUCAUCCUCGAGCAAGAAGCGGCUAAGGACAUGGAAAAAGCGUCUGGGCGCAGCUCGAAAAAGAGCAAGGCCAAGCGGAAGAACAGGAGCAGACCAUACGGCCGCGAGAUCGCGAUGGCGCAAGUGCUGCUGAACAUGUGCGGUGGCUACCAUAGGGCGAUGGUGGCCCUACGGCUGGGGGACAAGCUGCAGACGCCACACUAUGAAUUUGACGACGAGCGCGUGCGUUACGAGCAUCGUUUCGCGCCAUUUGCUAGUCUGAUAACGCCGCCAAUCAUGCACUAUCAGGAGUUCAUGGAAAUGACCUCCAACAUCAAGGAGGGCCAGAACAGCGCCUACUUUUACAUGCAGGGCGCCGACUUCUUUCACCAAGCCCGAUCUUUUCUCGAAGGACUUCCCUUCCUUGACACAGAGGGCCAGGAGUUGUUAAAAAUCUGCAAAACAAACUUUGUGGUGCUGAAACUGCUAGGGGGCGGCCACAAAAAAGAAUCUCCAGUGGAGCUCGACUUCUCCAGCCACCAGCAUUUUCCGAUUAUCAAAGUGUGACCCGGCUCAGACUGUUUUGUUACUCGUGAGUAGUUUUUACCGUUUUACCAUUGCCGCUCGUGACUGCUGUUUUGUUAACUCAAAUCUUGUAUUGGUCAAUAAAAACGCUAAUUUAUAUGUUCAAAACACAACAUUA